UGAUACCAUCCGCUUCCCACUGCCAUGGGAGGAGUACACGGAACAAGAACAGUAUAUUCUACUGGGUACUGGGUUCAUGGUGAUCUUCAGUACAUUCUGGUGCUGUUGUUGCUGCUGCUGCGCCUUCUGUGUGCGCAAGCUUCGCGGAGGAACUAAGAAGAAGACGACGGAGAAAACAGAUAUCUACAAUUCGUAA